CAAAAGUCCAAUCAAUAUCGUCCUGGGCCAUAUUGUAGUUUGGUCCGAAACAGCUCUUUAUCGCCUUCGAGUCCAAUUGGCCAGUAGCCACACGAACCCUCCGCCGGGAUCACGCCCCGCCACGAACAAUUAUGCCUGGGUGACAUGCUGUGAAAAGGCACAAUUGUCUACAUAUCACUUCCGAUGUUUCUCCUCUGCCAUACCUACAGCGUCACCAUAAACCAUGGAAAAGAGGCCUCCCAACAUAGAGUUCCCUUGCACACCGUUCUACCCAGGUGAUCACGAUUGCAUACGCUUGCUGACGAUCCUACCGAAACCAAAGAAGGAUGUCAACAACACCAGCCCGAUCAAAUGCCUCCUAACAAAAGUCCACAUUUGCAAAUGUUACUUGGCCCCGGGCAUCCCAGAGGAUGCGCUUGUGUCCCGAGUUCCGAGUGUCAACUUUCAUGCGCAAGUCAAAAAUCGUCCAAGUGAGAUAUAUAGAACGCCACAUGCUUUCGGUUUGAUCAAAGAUUCGAAAGCUGGCCGAAUUCCGAGCAACACGAAUGGGAAGCCGUGGCUCGUCAAACCCCGAAAGUCCGCUGCGAAGACUUCACUACCUCCUGGAGAGAUUCUGGCAGAUCUAGCGGCUUAUCCGGAGGACGACGGUGGGGGAAUGACCAUUGUUUAUCAAAGGACUGAUGACGAUGAUGACGACGACGACAGAGCGAAAUCUUCAAGAUUAAGCAGUGCAGUACGCCGCGGGCUGAAGAAAAUAUUACGCCACUGGUUGACACGAAUGCAAAAACGGACGACACCACCACCGCUCCGGAGGCAGGCAUGUGGACCAAAGUUUUGCUGGGGAAACUAUGUGGCACUCUCGUACGAGUGGGGUGAUGGCCCUGCUGAGAAGAUCUCUAUCGAGCACCGCUCUGCUGAAGGCCACCGAGUUGGCGAAUCACCAUUCGUCAUUCGCGAGAACCUGCACGCAGCAUUGCGUAGACUCCGUGUGAUGCCCCAGUUUAGCCAGGGCUGCCGCCUUUGGGCUGAUGCAAUCUGCAUAAACCAGAACGAUUCAGAAGAAAAGGAGGCACAGAUGAAGAUCAUGAGCUCAAUCUACCAACGUGCCGGUAACGUUCUCGUUUGGCUCGGCGAAGGAGACACUCAACUAUACAGAGCACUCGAUGUUGUCCAAGUGUGUGGGAGAUGGUAUCGCUCGGAGUAUCUAGAAGCGUACGACGAUGGACACCCAAACAGAGCUUUCCUGCAUAGGGAGGGCGCAGCUGUGGACAUGAAGAUUGCAAUGGAGAAAAUCAAGUCGUUAGCACGCAGUUCGUGCCGAGAUAUCAUCCUCACGGGCGAAGAGGCGGCCUUGCUGAAUGUUUUCUUCUCGCUCACAUACUGGCGUCGUCUUUGGAUGAUUCAAGAGUUGGUAAUGGGUACUGCAGAUAUGGCUUUGGUUCUUGGUGAACGGGUAACUGAAUGGCGUUACGUUCGUGAUGCCGCGUUCGUACUCGCCGCCGUCAAAGACAUGUUCACUCAUGUGGCUGUCGAGGACUACCGGAUGGACUGUGCUGUGCGAAACACCAUCGUGCACGUUGCGAAUAUCGCACAAUUGGGAAUCGGUACGCAUCGGAGACAAAUUCAACCAACCCUCGACCCGAACACCGUUAUGCCCUUGAUCACCCACCUACGUAGCGGCCCAAGCACGGGUCCACAGCGAGGCGAUGUUCUCUGGCAGGUCUUGAAGCUCAUAGCUUACGCAAGAUGUUCCUUUCCUGAAGACCGCAUUUUCGGCAUCUUGGCUUUGCCAUGUCUGCCCGACCUUGCAAUCGAACAUGUAUCGAAACGACCCCUCGCACAAAUCUACGGCGAAUUUGCAGCUGCUUGCAUGAACGUGGGUCGGGAUCCUUUGAGUUUUCUCUGCCUUGUUGAUGGCGUGACAAAUGAGCUCGACAAGAAUCGGGAAAGACACGACGAAAUGGAGGCGAUUGAUCACCAGAGGCUGCCCUCGUGGGUGCCGGAUUUAUCGUCAGAGAGAGAGACUGGAAUCAUCGAGGGUACGUUUCGAGCAGGAUACCCCCCGGACUAUGAAUGGAAUCUUCUAGCAGAGGAUGGUUGGGAGGAUGUAGAUGCUCGACCUGAGAUCAAGUUGGGUGGAGAUCGGACAUUGUACUUGAGCGGGUUUGUUAUAGACGCUGUGGACGGUCUAGGUGGUAUCGCAUGGUCAGACGUGGACACAGACACAGACUAUGGGGAUCCGAACUUCGUUUACGACCUCAUUCAGCCAAGGAGUUCUUCUCCGUGGCGCGCGGAACUCAUCAGCCUCCAAGCAGCGAUCUGUGCAUGCCUCACUGCUGGAACGGACGAGAACGGGGCGAGGCUUCGUUAUGGGCGUGAGAAUCCUGACUUGCUCGGUUCUUUCGUCGUUGAUUGGACAUUCGCGGACCCAGCCCAAUACUUUGUUGCGGCGAAUUGGGACUUGAGAAUAGGUGGCGUGCCUAUAAAACACUACCUAUUCAACCCGGACGACACUAUGGUAAUGGAUAACAUGAUCAGCCAGAAUACAUGGGCCUUGAGACAGACCGUCGCCAUCCGUACGAAGAGGAAAAGGCUCAUGCUUACAGAGCGAGGCUUCCUGGGUCUUGUGCCGAAUAGUGUUGCUGCAGGGGGACGUUGUAAUCAUUGUGAAGGGCCAUGGACGACCAGUGAUCGCCACGGAAGUGCUGGAAGCUGAUGGAUCUAAAAGAUAUCGCAUGAAAGGUGAAGCUUUUGUUGAGGG